AUGUCGACAUUAUCGAGCUUCAUGGGAGCAAUUCUUCCUGCAUUGCUGACGCGUCGCGCAGCUCACUGGGUUUCGGCUAUCCUCUUUAUCGUCUUUGGCGUUAUUGCGCUGCGCCAGGGCCUAGCUAUGAGUGGCGACGAAAUCGACAAGGAGUGGAAAGAAACACAGGAAGAAAUUCAAGAAGACGAAGAUGUUCAUGAGCUCACGGACCUUGAGCAACAGGCUGGCGACGACUCGCCUGGAUACCCGAACAUUGCGCCGUAUCCACGGACCUCACCUUCGGUGAAAGAGCAGGCAUCGCCGUCGCACUUUGGCGUGUUUCUCCGCGAAGGUACCCGCAAUCUAUGCGGCCUGAUGUUUAGCCCUGUGUUUUCGCAGGCGUUUAUUCUCUCGUUCCUGGGCGAAUGGGGCGACCGAAGCCAAAUUACCACGAUGGCCUUGGCAUCGACACAUCGAGUCGGCAUUGUCGCCAUAGGCACGAGUCUCGCGCAUAUGGCAUGCAUCAUGCUCGCUGUCAUGGCUGGCGCAAUCUUUGCUACCCGCAUCAGUCCUCGACACUUGACUAUUGGAGGGGCGAUGAUUUUCCUUGUGUUUGGGCUCAUGGCUGUGUACGAUGCUAUAUACGAGCCUGAGCCGUCGGCGCCGUUGCAUUUGUAA